AUGGUCACCACGGGUGCAGAAUUCUCAUUCUCUUGGUAUGUCCGUCUUGGAUUUGACACCUCGGGUCUGGCAGCCGAAGAUCCAGUGAGUCACGAAGGAGCCGUGCGGGCUUGUUGGCUGUGCUCUGAGCUGUCGAAGUCGCUCAGAAGUGGACUACUGCUUGACGCGGAAUCAUUAUCAGGAAUAGACGACACAAAAAUAUCCACAGAAGAAGUAUAGACUGUAAAGCAAACCUUGAGGACACGAGAGGCAUGAAUAAACUCACUGAGCCACUAGAGUUUGAUUGCGGUGUUCAUUUGUAGGCAGGUUACGUGCUCUCGGCUCCCCCACUUCCCUGCUCACUCUCCCUGCUCAGCUCUCCUCUGCCACCUCCUCCUUUUUACCAUCAGCUCAGCUGUAUAACUUGAAGAUCCAGACUGGAAUGCAUGAAUAUUUAGGAGCCCACAGUUAUGUCCAUCGGUUAUGGUAAUCAUCAUGAUGCCACUUUGCUGAAAUUAUAACUAGCAUAAUUGCUUUGUAUUACAUAGAAGUAGGUUAUGGCUUUGAUUGCCCUGCCAGUGAAAUAUCAGAUAUACAGAAUGCACCCUCACUGAAAUGUCACUCAAAUAUAUGGAAGCAAGUAGAGCAAGAGAUGCCUGUGGACACAUUUCAAAACCAUCCUGUCUUUUGUUGAACUGUAAAUUGAAAACGGUCCCAGUCGGCUGCCGUAUAGCCUAAGGGUUUCCAAAUGGACGAAUUUUGAGUUUAAGUGUUUGAGAGAUUUGUUUUGAUGGUUAAGGAGCGUAUGUUUGCAUCACCUUGUCAUUAUGUCCUGUUCCGUUAAGUGCAUAGGCAUAUCAAUCUCCACCUUCUCAGCAGCACAUCUAAAUUCGAAGGCUCUUAUUUUCCCCUCUGCCUUUAUUCUCUCUGUGUGUGCGGGUCAUCUCUGAGUGAGAGCUUUAAUCAGACAAGUGGGAAAGGGGAAGGAGAGUCAUAUAUUUCUUGUCACAAUCAGCUACGCGCUCCACUGGCUUCCAGAGAUUUUCCAUUCCCUGGGUUGAAUUUGGUUUUUUUCCUCGAUCCUUCUACUCUCCUGUUCUCUUUCCUUAUGCCCUCCAGUUCCAUUCACUCUACCUCUCCUCUCUCUCGCUCCUUCCGCACUCUCUCCCUUUUCCUUUGGUUCCCUGUGGGUGUGGUUGAAGGUCACUCUGCACUGGCUCUUUCAGCGUGGAGUGCACGGACGGACGGAGGGAGGGAGGGAGGGAGGGAGGGAGAGAAGGCAUCCUGUCCACAGCACUGUGCAGUCAUCACUUCCCCUCCUAUACAUGAGUGGGGAAGGAUGUGGGGUAAGAGACCGUCCAAGAAUGCUAAGGACUGAUUGGUCCCAAGCUGAUGACCACCAGUGGCAGAGGCCAACCAUUACCGGGCCAGAAUACUCAGUCUCUCUCUCCAUCUGCUUUCACGUUUCCUUUCCGCCACAUGUAUCAGAGCUUUGCCCUCCGCUGCUUUUCAUGCACUGCUCUACCUACCACACUCUGAAUAAUUGAGUUUAAUGUGGCAAUUGGAGUGCUUUCUAUACUGAACAAAAAAUAUAAACGGAACAAGCAACCAUUUCAACGAUUUUACUGAGUUACAGUUCAUAUAAUGAAAUCAGUCAUUUGAAAUAAAUUCAUUAGGCCAUAAUCUAUGGAUUUCACAUGACUGGGCAGGGGCGCAGCCAUGGAUGGGCCUGGGAGUGCAUGGGCCCCACACACUGGGGAGCCAUGUGUUUAUUACAGACAGAAAUCCUCCUCAGUUUUGUCAGCUGUCCGGAUGGCUGGUCUCCGACGAUCCCGCAGAUGAAGAAGCCGGAUGUGGCGGUCUUGGGCUGGCGUGGUUACACGUGGUCUCCGGUUGAGGCCAGUUGGACGUACUGCCAAAUUCUCUAAAAUGAUGUUUGGAGGUGACUUACGGUAGAGAAAUUAACAUUCAAUUCUCUGGCAACAGCUCUGGUGGAUAUUCCUGCAGUCAGCAUGCCAAUUGCAUGCUCCCGCAAAACGUGAGACAUCUGUGUUGUGUGACACAACUGCACAUUUUAGUGGCCUUUUAUUGUCCCCAGUACAAGGUGCACCUGUGUAAUGAUCAUGCUGUUUAAUCCGCUUCUUGAUAUGCCACACCUGUCAGCUGGAUGGAUUAUCUUGGCAAAGGAGAAAUGAUCAUUAACAGGGAUGUAAACAAAUUUGUGAAGAACAUUUGAGGGACAUAAGCUUUUUGUGUGUAUGGAACAUUUCUGGGAUCUUUUAUUUCAGCUCAUGAAACAUGGGACCAACACUUUACAUGUUGUCAAAAAGGAGGACCACUUUUCAUAUAAUUAAUUUAAAUGCCUUUAUUUGUAUGGCAUGUUCAAUGGAAACAAAGAUUAAAAACUCCUACUGCUACUAUAGUGCUACUAAUACUACUGUACUACUAUUGUUACUAAUGCUACUGGUACUACUGCUACUACUGUGUAGUAGUAGUACUAGACUCCAGUGCAACACUAUCAAAUCAAUAGCCCAGUUCCUGCCUCACCCACUUGCUCCUCCAGAGUUCCUGAUGCGUGUUGUUCAUGCCUCCAGUACACCAUUGAGCCUGCUGCUACCUCUUCACAUGAUUAAUCAUUAUGAGGCACAACACUAUCGCGCGCGUGAAGAGAACUUAAUGGAGUUCAAAAUACCAUAUUUUCUUUGCUAUGAUGUAAUCACCUUUUUUCCCUGCACUGCUUGCUAAUCUGAUUGUGCAGGUUCUCUGUAGUGUAUAAACUGUCCUAGACCAGGCCAGCAUACACCCUUAGAGCAGAGCUAUGUUGCUGGAUGAUGCUCACCCAUUUCGCUUGUUAUGGAGAUGAGCCCUUUGGGAGUUUGGCCGGCACUGUCCGUAGCCAUUUUUGUAUUUUAGUAUGAUAUUAUGUCAGAGUUAACUGUGACUCAGAGGACCUGAGCUGACCUGCUAUUCUCUGUGGCAGACUGCUGUGUGCCCACUUUCCCUACCCUCUGUGCUGGGACAAAGGCGUGGCGUGUGGGGGUAAGACUGGUCAACCCAAUCAGCCGAAUGACGUCCUAAUGGGGAUGAGAGUGAUAAAAUGCCAACAUGGCAGCAGAUUAAAUUAACAAGGUAAUGAAUGAGUAUUUCCCACUGGAGAGUUUAAUUAACCCCUUUCACAGCUCACACCCCUCUGUAACUCCUCCCCUAUCCCACCCAGCCACCACACCGCCGCUGCCUGCCAGGGCAAUGUAUCCCUUGUCCUUUGUGUGCCUGGGGCAAUGAAUCCUGCCCCAAGGCCCCCUCCUAUGUCUGUGUCCUCUAUCUGCAUGUUUAUCUCUAUCUUGACCGGACGACACCUGUGACCACACAAAGCAGAGCCUUACUCAUCAGGCUCUUUUCAUGUCAGGGUAAAUCCAUUUGACACCACCCCUUUUGAUUUGAAUGAAACCUAUACAUAUUCACCCAUUGUAGAAAUGCUCAAAGUGACUUUUUGAAUCUGAAUGCCAAAUAUUGAAUAAAGUUGCUCAAAGUUGACCUAUUUUGCAUACCAUAACAUGAGACAUCCAUGUCUUCAUCACUGGAAAAGAUUAAAGGUUGAGUUUGAUAUAAUUGAAAAGCUUACAAACAGGGUUGUUUACAAACAAGGUUGUUUGAUAGAUGUACUAAAAUGGGAAUGUAAGCUUGUAACUUAAAAAUUGUACCGCAAAGAUGGUUGGAGGCCCACACAUCAGAAUGUUGAUUUGAAUGGGAAUAUCCAUUUUAAAUUAUACUGUCAAUCCUCCAUAGGAAACCUAUUGAUAUCAUAGAAAUAUAGAUCAUUGAAUAGACAUGACCAAUUAAGUUGACAUUCGACGGUGGGUGGACCGGCAGCCGCCUUUGUGGUAGUAAUUAAAGUAAACAUUACAAUUUCAAUGGUGUACCAGCUAAAUUGCAUUGGUCUGAAGGGAUUGGUCCUUUCUAUGAAUUCUGUUUUUAUGAUUGAAAUGACACCUACCCUGUAUUCAAGAACUUGUCUCAACCGAUGGGGGCACAACACAAAAACCUCAGAUGUGAAAUAGUCUAAGCUACAACAUGUGAAUAUGAAAAUUGACAUUAAAGGUUAAAAAAUGUCAUGUUUAUUUAACAUUGUUUUCAAUAAAUUGUGAUAUCAAACUCAACUUUAUUUUUUCCAAUGAUGAAGACAUGGAUGUCUGGUCGUAGGGUGUGAUCUGUAAAAUGGGUCAACUUUGAGCACCUCGAUCUCCUGAAUGUUUUGGCGUUCAGGUGUAAAAAAUCACUUUCUGGCCACUUCUACCAUUGGCAAACCCCUAUGGAAUUUGUUUUUUAGGAUACAUUUUUGUUGCAAAAUGGAUGCUGUCAAAGUGAUUGAAUUCAAAUGGAUUUACCCAUCAACAAUUUGUUUCUGAAAGAUAAAAUAUUAAUAUGACAUAUUAGGACAUUCACUGCAUCUGAUAAUGUUGUCAGACUCAAAUUAGGUUAGAGGACACACACACCCAUAUAUAUAUAUAUAUGAGGAUCUCCUGUGGUGCCUCUACUUCUGUAUCUCCCGUUGUUUACCUUGGUCAAAUGAACCUUUUCAUUGUUAAAAUAUUGAUCAUGCUGAACACUGUUCACACCGAACACUUAUCUUCCUCCCAGCCGUCUCUUCGCUUUCUCUCUUUCAAUCUGUCCAUACACACUCAGCCACUAUCUAUCUGUCUCGCUCAUGUCAGUGCUCGCUAGAUCUUGUUCAAAAGACUUAGUGAAGCUGAAAGGCCAAUCACAUUAACAAGAGGUGUGACCGAAAGAGUGGGUAUAAUAUGGUUGUGUGAGGAUCAAAUCAGACGGACACUUCCAACAUUUUAAUUGCAUAUGCCUAAUUGUUUAUCAUAACCCUCGGAUCUGGAAAUAAAUCGGAGCAAUUACGCACUGCUGUCGCUGUGGCGUUUGACGGCUGAAAUACCGCCGUAGAUUAGCAGUUAAUCCUGAUGCACAAACAGGAUCUCAGAAACUCUUUGAAGAUGAGGGAGUUAAAUAUCCCUUCCACUCGACAAUGUGUAGGCCCGCCUUGGGUGAUGGGCUGCAGCCAUUUUGCGCUCUGGAGCCUAAUCAGUCAUGGUGCAGGAGGAGAGGAUUUAGCCGGCUGCUCGUUUCGUACUGUGGGAUGAUUAGAUGUUCAGACGGAGUGGAGCAGGGCCUGGGUUGGCUAUUUGGCCAGCGUGCAAAUGCUCAGCGUCUCUUCCGCGGCCAUCACAGUCUCUCUCCCUCUCUCUGCUAUAAAUGUCAUGGGAAGUGAGGGAGCCAAGUUAACCUUGCUUUCAUGGCAUGCCAGCCUCCACUGCCAGUUUAAAGAGCCUCAUUACAAUUACCAACAUGGCUCAAUCCCAAUAAUGACUUCAAUUCGGCUAUUAGAAAGUACCGGGGCGAGAAGGAGACUAGCUCACCCUGUCAUCGUCAAACGCCCCACUGACUGGCACCUCAUGCAAUGUCAUAAUUAAAAUGAUUGCCUGAUAUAAUUUGCUUUGCCUACUUUCACUGUCUGCAAUGUCAUUGUCUGGUCAGUCAGUUUGCCUGUAACUUUCCAGAAGUAUGUCUGCUGCAGAGUGAGCGGAGCGUGCUCAAUUUGACUGGAGCGAGAAUCUCAUAGGCUGGAGUUUCAGCCUUCUCGCCCGCUCCAAUUUCGCUCCAGUAUCGCUCACUUUAUGAGCUCAGGGCAUGCCCCGCCCAGCAUGCAUUUGUAGUCUACUUGUGUGCUGCUAAAGCCCUUUUCUUUAGCUACUGACAUGGAGGUGACACUCACCACCUUGCGGAGACAUUUGAAACCCCACCUCUUUAAGGAAUACCUGGGAUAGGAUAAAGUAAUCCUUCUACCCCCCCCCCCCCCCCCCCCCCCCCUUUACUCCAACCCACCCCCCCAUCACAAAAAAAAUGAAAAGAAAAAAAAAACAUUGUAAAGUGGUUAUCCCACUGGCUAUAAGGUGAAUGCACCUAUUUGUAAGUCGCUCUGGAUAAGAGCGUCUGCUAAAUGACGUAAAUGUAAAUGAGUUCGCUAAAUAUUUUCAUAAAGAAACUGAGAGCACACAGGUGCAAAAUCAAAGUGACUUACAAUGAUGAGGAGCAAGCGAGGAAGUGGGGUGAUGUAGUGUCCACAACUAAAAAAUCAUUGUGGAAUCUGAAAAGACACGUAUCCCGAAAGCAUGAUUGUGCACUUUCUACGUGCACAUGCUAAAGGAAAGGAACAAGGUGGGUAGAUAACUUAAGUGUCAUUGUAGCAAAGUAUUUGUAAACAAAAAAUCAGAUCUCUUAAACGUUUCGGUCAUUUUCGUUCUAUUAUCUAUACAAUAGGCCACAAUUGAUUUUGUCCCAAUAGGUCUGGCAUAUUCUCAUAUUCAACGAGCUUUCCGUUUUGAUUGGGUUAUUUUGUCUAAAAGCCUAUAGGCCUACCUAUAGAAAGAUAAACUCUGCAUCUCUGCCCAGUCUGGCAAGAGUGGCCAAAAUGGUGUUUAGCAUCCCCAGGUUACUUGCUCAAGUGUGGAGAGGAUAUUCUCCGCUGCUGGCCUGCUCUCCAGGCACCAUCGCAUGAGCCUGAAGCCACAGACUGGCCAAACUCGUGUUUCUAAAAAUAAAUUCUAAAAAUGAAUUCAAAGGCACUAAUUUGUAUUUAAUUCUAAGAAAUUCACUGCCUAUAUCCGCAAUUUGUAGACUAAUGAUUUAAUACAACGAAAUGUUUAAAUGCUGAGCCCUUUAUGUCCCUGCCAGCCUAGUGUGUCGCACUCGCAAAUGCUUCAGUGUAUUUCGUUGUCGGCUAUAGCCUUGAAAUAAUAUAGCAUAAAUAAUUCGUUUUCGUUCUUCUAGGCUCCAUGUCUGGCUCCUGACCGAUUUAGUGUGUAUAUGCUGUUUAAUAUGACAUGUAGGCUAUUUAAAAUGAUGUUCGCUUCUUACGUUCACCUUUUCAUGUUUAUUAAAAUACUUUUCAUUCAAAUCCAUAUGGUUUGGUUUGAAUACUUAAAAACCAAUUGGUAGGUCCAGGUAGUCACAAAAUAAAUUGGUUAAAUUGUGAUUUUAAUGAAUGGAGCGAAUUUGGAGCAGCAGUUCUUUCUUGUGAGCGCAGAGUGGGUUUUAGCGGAGCGGUAGGAAAGCACGUGGAACGACGCGCAAGCACCACUCCAUGAGCGGGAUUUCCAACUGCUGAACUCCGCUCACAUGCUCUGGUCUGCUCUGCAUAUCGCUCUCACUCCUUCUCUUGCGGCAUCUCUCGCCAUCUCUCCAUCUCUGCAUCUCUCUAUAUCUGCAUCUCUCUAUCUCUGCAUCUCUCUAUCUCUGCAUCUAACACCAUGGGACAGCAUCUCUGCGGGUCUGUGGCCUAAGCAUAAAUGCCAUCUGUCUGACUGCUUACAUGUACCUCUGUCUGUGCUUAAGCACUUUAUAACCACAUUAGACCCAUCUCCUCUAGUCUCUGCUAGUCGGUGUGGCUUUUCAUGUCAUUGUUCCUUGGCCCUAGAGUCUCUGACAGAUCAUUAUCUGCCGGGGAGAAAAGAAGAAAGAUUGGGUAGCCUGGAUGCCUGAGGGUUUGCUUCGACUUGCUCCCCAACAUCCCAGCCUUUAUAUUCAUCCAUGUUUAAUUAGACAUUUUCUCUCCAUCCUUCCCUCCUCCCCAUUUGUUAAUUUAGCUCUGUUGUUUUUUUAUAGGGGGAGGGAAGCGAAGCUGGAGGGGGGGAAGAGGGGCGAAGAUGGCAGUGAGGUUGACAUGGGAUUCCUGUUAAUCAAAUCAGAGGGAGAGGCUCCAGGGACUUUAUGGUUUUUCAUUUCAUUAGUGUGAGAUUAUCAUUCAAGUGGGCAUCAUCUGCUCUGAAACCAGAUCAGCCGUGACAAAGUUGUAACUUCAUUCAGGUUUUUUUUUUUUAAGGCUGAGAAGAUGCGUAGAGGCAGUAAGAUGGAUGAAUGGAUGUAUUGACAGAUCGCUGGAUGAAUCGAUUCACAUUUAUUAGGUGUUUUUGUCUUUCUUCUUCACAUAGGGUGAAGCUAAAAAUAGUUUUUCUGCUCCUUUAGUCCCAAAUAAAGGUCCUACUCCUCCUCCUGUCAUUGAAUAAUGUCUGCUGGGAUGAAUGGGUUUUCAUACGAGACAUUAUUAAGAUCUGCAGGCAGUGUUCAACACGGUCCAUCACGGCAGCACAGCAGCUCCAUUAAACUGUAAAAAUCUGUUUCUUGUUCCUCGCAUACUCUGAAAUGAACAUUUCAAUCAGACCUUGUGUGUUGCCCUAGGAUAAGGGUGGCGGGUGGUCAGUUUAAAUUUCAGCAGCGGUAAUUAGAUUGAUCGAUAGUCAUUGCUUCCCAAUGCAACUCUGAGGAAUGGCUUAUUGUGCUGUGUGUGUGGAGGUAGGCUAGGGGAGAGUGUGUGUGUGUGUAGAGGUAGGCAGGCUAGGAGAGAGAGUGUGUGUGGAGGUAGGCAGGCUAGGAGAGAGAGUGUGUGUGGAGGUAGGCAGGCUAGGAGAGAGAGUGUGUGUGGAGGUAGGCAGGCUAGGAGAGAGAGUGUGUGUGGAGGUAGGCAGGCUAGGAGAGAGAGUGUGUGUGGAGGUAGGCAGGCUAGGAGAGAGAGUGUGUGUGGAGGUAGGCAGGCUAGGAGAGAGUGUGUGUGGAGGUAGGCAGGCUAGGAGAGAGAGUGUGUGUGGAGGUAGGCAGGCUAGGAGAGAGAGUGUGUGGGAGGUAGGCAGGCUAGGAGGAGAGAGUGUGUGGAGGUAGGCAGGCUAGGAGAGAGAGUGUGUGUGGAGGUAGGCAGGCUAGGAGAGAGAGUGUGUGUGGAGGUAGGCAGGCUAGGAGAGAGAGUGUGUGUGUGGAGGUAGGCAGGCUAGGAGAGAGUGUGUGUGUGGAGGUAGGCUAGGGGAGAGAGUGUGUGUGGAGGUAGGCUAGGGGAGAGAGCGUGUGGAGGUAGGCUAGGGGAGAGAGCGUGUGUGGAGGUAGGCUAGGAGAGAGUGAGUGUGUGGAGGUAGGCUAGGAGAGGGAGUGAGUGUGUGGAGGUAGGCUAGGAGAGAGAGUGAGUGUGUGGAGGUAGGCUAGGAGAGAGAGUGAGUGUGUGGAGGUAGGCUAGGAGAGAGAGUGAGUGUGUGGAGGUAGGCUAGGGGAGAGAGCGUGUGGAGGUAGGCUAGGGAGAGAGCGUGUGUGGAGGUAGCUAGGAGAGAGUGAGUGUGUGGAGGUAGGCUAGGAGAGAGUGAGUGUGUGGAGGUAGGCUAGGAAAGAGAGUGAGUGUGUGGAGGUAGGCUAGGAGAGAGUGAGUGUGUGGAGGUAGGCUAGGAGAGAGAGUGAGUGUGGAGGUAGGCAGGCUAGGAGAGAGAGUGUGUGUGUGGAGGUAGGCAGGCUAGGAGAGAGAGAGUGUGUGGAGGUAGACAGGCUAGGAGAGAGAGUGUGUGUGGAGGUAGGCAGGCUAGGAGAGAGAGAGUGUGUGGAGGUAGGCAGGCUAGGAGAGAGAGAGUGUGUGGAGGUAGGCAGGCUAGGAGAGAAAGAGAGUGUGUGGAGGUAGGCAGGCUAGGAGAGAGAGAGUGUGUGGAGGUAGGCAGGCUAGGAGAGAGAGAGUGUGUGGAGGUAGGCUAGGAGAGAGAGUGUGUGGAGGUAGGCUAGGAGAGAGAGAGUGUGUGGAGGUAGGCUAGGAGAGAGAGGGUGUGGAGGUAGGCUAGGAGAGAGAGUGUGUGUGGAGGUAGGCUAGGGGAGAGAGUGUGUGUGUGGAGGUAGGCUAGGAGAGAGAGAGAGUGUGGAGGCAGGCUAGGAGAGUGUGUGGAGGUAGGCUAGGAGAGAGAGAGUGUGUGGAGGUAGGCUAGGAGAGAGAGACUGUGGAGGUAGGCUAGGAGAGAGAGUGUGUGUGGAGGUAGGCUAGGAGAGAGAGAGUGUGUGUGUGGAGGUAGGCUAGGAGAGAGAGUGUGUGUGUGUGUGUGUGUGUGGAGGUAGGCUAGGAGAGUGUGUGUGGAGGUAGGCUAGGAGAGAGAGUGUGUGUGUGGAGGUAGGCUAGGAGAGAGAGUGUGUGUGUGGAGGUAGGCUAGGAGAGAGAGUGUGUGUGGAGGUAGGCUAGGAGAGAGUGUGUGUGUGGAGGUAGGCUGAGAGAGAGUGUGUGUGUGGAGGUAGGCUAGGAGAGAGAGUGUGUGUGGAGGUAGGCUAGGAGAGAGAGAGUGUGUGUGGAGGUAGGCUAGGAGAGAGAGUGUGUGUGUGUGGAGGCAGGCUAGGAGAGGGAGCGUGUGGAGGUAGGCUAGGGGAGAGGAAUAGCGGUGACGUGCGUUGACUUAAUGUCACCCAUCCAUUUCGCUUUCUCUCUGUUUGGCCUGGCAGGCACUGGAAACAGGAGGCUCAUUUAUCACAGGGUCUCCCAGGCACCGGCCAAGCACAUGCAUUCUGUCAUACCCUGACAGACACACACACGUGCGCCUUAACACACACAGUUGAGUACACAACCAACACAAACACAUAAACAACAACCCACACACACUACAGAAACAAUGACUCAACCGCACACAACCACACUUGCAGAUGCGCUCACUCCCCGGGGCAGCCAUGCGUGUACAUACACUCAGCCCGCUCUGAAAGCCCUGUGAUUGAUUGACAGACCCAGGCUAGUCAUUGGUAUUCCAGCAGCGAGCUGCAUCCACUAUAAGUGACACUCAGAUAGAUGUUUGCAGCUCCAGACUCCUCAUCCAUUUAAAAAAUGUUUUGCCUGUCUGUCUGUCUUCACUGUAUUCUCUCCUGCUGUCUCCCAUCAGAAGGGCAUCCCCAUCGGCCAGUUCUGCAAGGACUUCAACGAGAAGACCAAAGAGCUCAAGGAAGGAAUUCCUCUGCCCAUCAAGAUCCACGUUAAAGUUAGUUUUUUUUUUUUUUACCUCACUUAGGGCCUGCACCCUUCUCAGUGUACCCACCCCUGCCCCUGCAGCUUGCCCUUUCAGAAAUCCUGCCUGAUUUCACUGGCUGCAUACCAUUACCCAAGAACCUCCAUUAUUCAUAUUGUUACACUGAAGUAUGCUUUUCCAUUUGCAUUCAUUAAGCAGUAUCCAGGGGGAUGUAAAAGUCGCACAGAAUUUAGAGCAUAUAAAAGGAUGGAAUCAUCGUAAAGAGGCUGUUAUAAAAAAUAAAUGUUACUCAUGGGCUCCAUCUGCUGGUCACUACCAGCAUCUCCUCACUACACAUCUCCUUUUGUGUACAGUAGAAUUUCCCUUGCCAUGUUGAUCUCCAGAGUAUUGUUUAUCAUUCAUGCACUUUGUUUGGCUUUAUAUAAUUUACAUUUAAGUCAUUUAGCAGACGCUCUUAUCCAGAGCGACUUACAAAUAUAAUACAAUAUAUAUACAAAAGCAUGUGGACACCCCUUCAAAUUAGUGGAUUCAGCUAUUUCAGCCACACCCGUUUUCUGACAUGUGUAUAAAAUCGAGCACACAGCUAUGCAAUCUCCAUAGACAAACAUUGGCAGUAGAAUGACCUUACUGAAGAGCUCAGUGACUUUCAACGUGGCACCGUCAUAGGAUGCCACCUUUCCAACAAGUCAGUUCAAAUUUCUGCCCUGCUAGAGCUGCCCCGGUCAACUGUUAUUGUGAAGUGAAAACGUCUAGGAGCAACAACGGCUCAGCCGUGAAGUGGUAGGCCACACAAGCUCACAGAAGGGGACUGCCGAGUGCUGAAGCGUGUAGUGCGUAUAAAUCGUCUGUCCUCGGUUGCAACACUCACUACCGAGUUCCAAACUGCCUCUGGAAGACCGUCAGCACAACAACUGUUCGUCGGGAGCUUCAUGAAAUGGGUUUCCAUGGCCGAGCAGCCGCACACAAGCCUAAGAUCACCAUGCGCAAUGCCAAGCGUCAGCUGGAGUGGUGUAAAGCUCGCCGCCAUUGGACUCUGGAGCAGUGGAAGCGCGUUCUCUGGAUUGAUUAAUCACGCUUCACCCUCUGGCAGUCACAGACGAUUCUGUUUUUGGCGGAUGCCAGGAGAACGCUACCUGCCCCAAUGCAUAGUGCCAACUGUAAAGUUUGGUGGAGGAGGAAUAAUGGUCUGAGGCUGUUUUCAUGGCUCAGGCUAGGCCCCUUAGUUCCAGUGAAGGGAAAUCUUAACGUUACACCAUACAAUGACAUUCUAGAUGAUUCUGUGCUUCCAACUUUGUGGCAACAGUUUGGGUAGGCCCUUUCCUGUUUCAUCAUGACAAAGCCCCUAUGUACAAAGUAAGGUCCAUACAGAAAUGGUUUGUCGAGAUUGGUUUGGAAGAACUUGACUGGGCUGCACGGAGCCCUGACCUCAACCCCAUCGAACACCUUUGGGACGAAAUGGAACGCUGACUGCGAGCCAGGCCUAAUCGCCCAACGUUAGUGCCCGACCUCACUAAUGAUCUUGUGGCUGAAUUGAAGCAAGUACCCGCAGCAAUGUUCCAACAUCUAGUGGAAAGCCUUCCCCAAAAAGUGGAGGCUGUUAUAGCAGUAAAGGGGGUACCAACUUCCUAUUCAUUCCCAUGAUUUUGGAAUGAGAUGUUCGACAAGCAGGUGUCCACAUACGUUUGGCCAUGUAGUGUAUAUGCGUGAAUGUGAUGAGCUUCACCCUCUAAUGCGAUCUCAGACAGACCUGGCUUAGCUAGUGUAGUGGAAGUGUCUCUCCCUGGCGUGCCACAGUGCUGUUGGAACCUUUGCAGCCUUGAUCUGUCUUGUGUUCCUUCAUUUCUCUCUCCCCGUCUGACUCAUCCUGUUCAACAAAAAGAAAAGUAGCAAAUCUUCUUAUUUUACAAAGUCACCAUCCCUAAAUCGAGAGUAAUGCUUGGAUGUAUCAUGUCCAGCAGAUCGAUGCCAGGAGCAUUGGGCCUUCCCAACUAAUGGCUAUUUCAUAGGUGGUGACAAAUGGUAUCAUUUCACUGUGAAAUCACUAAAGAUAGAUCAUUUAAUUGACAAGUUAAUGCAGAACCGAGGUUGAGAGCAACUUUCCACUUCAUAAAGCGUCCAUUCCACUUUGAUCACACCUUGAUUGAUGGAUUAAAACACAUCUAGAACUCUGUCCCUCGCUAUCUCUCCCUCCCUGCAGCCUGACAGGACGUAUGACCUGAAGAUUGGCCAACCCACAGUGUCCUACUUCCUCAAGCAGGCGGCUGGCAUCCAGAAAGGAGCCAGUAAAACAGGUAAGGUUUGGACCAUGUUGACUGGUGCCGCUCUGUUCCUCCGUUUACUCCAUUGCUGUAGCCGUCUGUCUGACAGCUCUGUACUGGAGGGACAGACAGACAGAGGUCUCCCACAGGGCGUUAAGGCUGAGAUUGGAUGUCUUUGAUUGACGAUAUAUUUAUGAUCGACGGGGAACUUUAAGCCAGGCAAUUACAGGCCGGAAGGUAGUGGGAAAGGUGGUGGGCUAAGGAAAGAGAGUGAUGGAUUUCCACCAUCUGCGCUGGCUACUCCCUCUCUCCCUUCGAUUGCUCCUUCGUUUCCCCCCACUCUCUGCUCUCCUUUUUGCUCCCGAGCUUUUCUGUCUUCCACCCUCUGCUCCCCUCGGUUUCUUGUCUAUCUUUCCCCCUCAGUUUCUUCAUCUUAUUCCCAUUCUGGACUCAAUCUCUUUCUCCAUCUCUAGGCCAUGAGAUAGCUGGGAUGGUGUCUGUAAGGGCUGUGUAUGAGAUCGCUCAGGUCAAGGCCCAGGACGAGGCCUUCAAGAUGCAGAACGCUUCCAUAGAGACGGUCGUCAAGAGCAUCAUCGGCUCGGCUCGCUCGUUGGGCAUUGAGAUCGUCAACGAGUAA